CUCCGGGCAGACCCGCCCGCCCCAGCCGGAGUUACAAGAGCCGCCUCCUCGCACGGGGGCCCGGCCACUCGGAGCAGCUCCGCCGCAGGGACUGCACCGCCCGCCCUGCCGGACCCGCCCCGACCGGGGCUCGACGCCUGCAGCAGCCGCAGCACCACGACCACGGCCCAGCGCGAGCCAUGGCUGUGCCCCGGGGCUGAGCGCGCAGGCUGUGUGACCGAGAUUCCCCACGAGAGAGACUGAGGAGAGGACAAGAAGGAGGGGCGGGCUCCUGGCAAGGCAUUCGCUCCUGAACCGAGUCCUGCAAAAGAUGGAGAAGGAGGAGGAGACAACGCGGGAGCUGCUGCUGCCCAACUGGCAGGGCAGUGGCUCCCACGGGCUGACCAUUGCCCAGAGGGAAGACGGUGUCUUUGUGCAGGAGGUCAUGCAGAAUUCCCCUGCGGCCCGCACUGGGGUGGUCAAGGAGGGGGACCAGAUUGUGGGUGCCACCAUCUACUUUGACAACCUGCAGUCGGGUGAGGUGACGCAGCUGCUGAGUUGCAUGGGGCACCACACUGUGGGUCUGAAGCUGCACCGUAAGGGGGACCGCUCCCCUGAGCCUGGCCAGACCUGGACCCACGAGGUCUUCAGCUCCCACACUUCUGAAGUGGUUCUGAGCGGGGAUGAUGAGGAGUACCAGCGCAUCUAUGACACGAAGAUCAAGCCUCGGCUGAAGUCGGAGGAUGGAGUGGAAGGGGAGACCCAGAGCCGCACCAUCACGGUGACUAGAAGGGUCACGGCCUACACUGUGGAUGUGACGGGCCGGGAAGGAGCCAAGGACAUCGACAUCAGCAGCCCUGAGUUCAAGAUCAAGAUUCCACGGCAUGAACUGACUGGAAUCUCCACUGUGGAUGUGGAGGCCCAGCCUGGGAAGACAGUGAUCAGGCUGCCCUCGGGCAUGGGGGCAGUGUCUCCCACCACAGGCUCUGCUGUGGACAUUCAAGCUGGUUCCAUUUCUACUUCCGGACCAGAGCUCCAAGGUGCCGGCCACUCCAAACUCCAGGUCACCGUGCCUGGUGUAAAGGACGUGGAUCUGAGCCUUGGGUCCUCCAAACUGAAAGGAGAUAUUAAGGUCCCCACUCAGGAGGUGCAAGGUGAUAUUAAGGGACCUCAAGUGACAGUUAAAGGCUCCAAAGUGGACAUAGAGACACCAAGCCUAGAGGGGACCCUGGCAGGACCCAAGCUGAGUGGUUCUCCUGGGAAAGUUGGAACCUGCAGUAUCUCUAUGGCAGAUGUAGACUUAACUGUGGGUGCACCGAAAGUGAAAGGGGGUGCAGAUGUUGCACUCCCAAAAGUAGAAGGGAAAGUCAAAGUCCCUGAAGUUGAUGUCAAAGGCCCCAAAGUGGAUGUCAGUGCCCCAGAUGUGGAAAUUCAUGGCCCAGAAUGGAACCUGAAAAUGCCCAAGAUGAAAAUGCCCAAGUUCAGCACUCCAGGAGUCAAAGGGGAAGGUCCAGAUGUAGAUGUGAAUCUACCCAAAGGACAUGUCAGUAUUACAGGGCCCAAGGUCAACAUGGAAGCCCCUAAUGUCAACAUAGGAGGCCUGGGGGGUGAACUUAAAGGCUCUGAUGUUAAGUUGCCUGAAGUGAGUGUCAAGACACCAAAGAUCUCCAUGCCUGAUGUAGAGCUACAUGUUAAAGGCACAAAGAUGAAAGGAGAGUAUGAUAUAACAGUACCAAAACUUGAAGGGGAACUGAAAGGCCCCCAGGUGGACAUUAAUGCUCCAGAUGGGGAUGUUCAUGGCCCAGACUGGCAUCUGAAGAUGCCCAAGAUGAAAAUGCCUAAAUUCAGUGUGCCAGGGCUCAAAGCAGAGGGUGCAGAUGUGAGUGUAAACCUACCCAAGGCUGAUGUGGACAUUUCUGGGCCAAAGGUAGAUGUUAGUGCCCCCGAUGUGAGAAUUGAGGGACCAGAAGGAAAAUUGAAAGGAUCCAAAUUUAAGAUGCCUGAGAUGAAUAUCAAAGCCCCAAAGAUCUCCAUGCCAGAUGUGGACUUACAUUUGAAAGGCCCUAGUGCAAAAGGAGAAUAUGAUGUCACGGCACCCAAGAUUGAAGGUGAGGUUAAAGUUCCUGAUGUUGAACUUAAAAGUGCCAAAGUGGACAUUGAUGUCCCAGAUGUGGACGUUCAUGGCCCAGAUUGGCACCUGAAGAUGCCCAAGAUGAAAAUGCCCAAAUUCAGCAUGCCAGGCUUUAAAACAGAGGGCCCAGAAGUGGAUGUGAACCUGCCCAAAGCUGACAUUGACAUCACAGGACCCAAGGUUGAUAUUGAAGUUCCAGACGUGAGCCUUGAGGGACCAGAAGGAAAGCUGAAGGGUCCAAAAUUUAAGAUGCCUGAGAUGAAUAUCAAGGCUCCAAAGAUCUCCAUGCCUGAUGUCGACUUGCAUAUGAAAGGUUCCAAGGUAAAGGGAGAAUAUGAUGUUACAAUGCCAAAGCUGGAAGGUGACCUGAAAGGGCCAAAGGUAGAUGUCAGUGCCCCAGAUGUUGAAGUUCAUGGUCCUGAUUGGAACCUAAAGAUGCCCAAGAUGAAAAUGCCCAAAUUUACCAUGCCCAGCCUCAGAGGAGAGGGCCCAGACCUGGAUGUGAACCUGCCCAAGCCUGAUGUGGACCUUUCUGCACCCAAGGUAGAUGUUAGUGCUCCAGAUCUGAGCCUUGAAGGACCUGAAGGGAAGUUGAAAGGCCCUAAGUUUAAGAUGCCUGAGAUGCACUUCAAAGCUCCUAAGAUGACUUUGCCUGAUGUUGACCUCGAUCUUAAAGGACCCAAAGUGAAGGGAAAUCUAGAUAUGUCUGCACCAAAAGUAGAAGGUGAAAUGAAAGUGCCAGAUGUGGACAUCAAAGGACCCAAAGUGGACGUUGAUGUCCCAGAUGUGGAUGUUCACGGCCCAGACUGGCACCUGAAGAUGCCCAAGAUGAAAAUGCCCAAGUUCAGCAUGCCUGGCUUCAAAGGAGAGGGCCCAGAAGUGGAUGUGAACCUGCCCAAGGCCAAUGUUGACAUCUCCGGACCCAAGGUUGACAUCGAAGCCCCAGAUGUGAGCCUUGAGGGACCAGAAGGGAAGCUGAAGGGUCCGAAGUUUAAGAUGCCUGAGAUGCACUUUAAGACUCCCAAGAUCUCCAUGCCUGAUGUACACUUGAAAGGCCCCAAAGUCAAAGGGGAUGUGGAUGUGUCAGUGCCCAAGAUAGAAGGUGAAAUGAAAGUGCCGGAUGUGGACAUCAAAGGACCCAAAGUAGACGUUGAUGUCCCAGAUGUGGAUGUUCACGGACCAGACUGGAACUUGAAGAUGCCCAAGAUGAAAAUGCCCAAGUUCAGCAUGCCUGGCUUCAAAGGAGAGGGCCCCGAAGUGGAUGUGACCCUGCCCAAGGCUGAUGUUGACAUCUCCGGACCCAAGGUUGACAUCGAAGCCCCAGAUGUGAGCCUUGAGGGACCAGAAGGGAAAUUGAAGGGCCCAAAGUUUAAGAUGCCUGAGAUGCACUUCAAGACCCCCAAGAUUUCCAUGCCCGAUGUAGACUUACACUUGAAAGGCCCCAAAGUCAAAGGGGAUGUGGAUGUGUCAGUGCCCAAGAUAGAAGGUGAAAUGAAAGUGCCAGAUGUGGACAUCAGAGGACCCAAAGUGGAUGUUGAUGUCCCAGAUGUGGAUGUUCACGGCCCCGACUGGCACCUGAAGAUGCCCAAGAUGAAAAUGCCCAAGUUCAGCAUGCCUGGCUUCAAAGGAGAGGGCCCAGAAGUGGAUGUGAACCUGCCCAAGGCUGACGUUGACAUCUCCGGACCCAAGAUUGACAUCGAAGCCCCAGAUGUGAGCCUUGAGGGACCAGAAGGGAAGCUGAAGGGUCCGAAGUUUAAGAUGCCUGAGAUGCACUUCAAAGCUCCCAAGGUCUCCAUGCCUGAUGUGAACUUAAAUCUUAAGGGACCAAAAUUAAAGGGAGAUGCAGAUCUCUCUUUGCCUGAUGUACAAGGUGAAAUAAGAGUGCCAGAUGUCGACCUUAAAGGGCCCAAGGUUGACGUUAGUGCCCCGGAUGUGGAUAUUCAUGGCCCCGACUGGCACCUUAAGAUGCCUAAAAUGAAAAUGCCUAAAUUCAGCAUGCCAGGCUUCAAAGGAGAGGGUCCAGAAGUGGAUGUGAACCUGCCCAAGGCUGACAUUGACAUCUCCGGACCCAAGGUGGCUGUGGAAGUUCCAGAUGUGAAUAUUGAAGGUCCAGAUGCAAAACUAAAGGGUCCUAAAUUUAAGAUGCCAGAAAUGAAUAUAAAGUCUCAGAAGAUACCCAUGCCAGAUGUUAGUUUGCAUUUGAAAGGUCCUAAAAUGAAAGGAGACUAUGAUGUUACAGCCCCAAAAAUGGAAGGAGAGAUAAAAGCUCCUGAUGUUGACAUUAAAGGCCCCAAAGUGGAUAUUAAUACACCAGACGUGGGAGUUCAUGGCCCAGACUGGCACCUGAAGAUGCCCAAAGUGAAAAUGCCCAAGUUCAGCAUGCCAGGCUUCAAAGGAGAGGGCCCAGAAGUGGAUGUGAACCUCCCCAAGUCUGACAUUGAUGUCUCUGGACCCAAAGUAGACAUUAAUGCUCCAGAUGUGACUCUUGAAGGUCCAGAGGGGAAACUUAAAGGUCCCAAGUUCAAAAUGCCAAGCAUGAAUAUACAGACACACAAAAUUUCUAUGCCUGAUGUUGGACUUAAUCUGAAAGCUCCUAAACUGAAAACUGAUGUAGAUGUCUCUCUUCCUAAAGUGGAAGGAGACUUGAAAGUUCCUGAAAUUGGUGUGAAAGCUCCUCAGGUGGAUGUGAAUGUUGGUGAUAUUGAUAUUGAAUGUCCUGAAGGAAAGAUGAAAGGCCCUAAGUUUAAGAUGCCUGAGAUGCACUUCAAGACUCCCAAGAUCUCCAUGCCUGAUGUAGACUUGAAAGGCCCCAAAGUCAAAGGGGAUGUGGAUGUGUCAGUGCCCAAGAUAGAAGGUGAAAUGAAAGUGCCAGAUGUGGACAUCAAAGGACCCAAGGUUGAUAUUGAUGCUCCAGAUGUGGAUGUUCACGGCCCAGACUGGCACCUGAAGAUGCCCAAGGUGAAAAUGCCCAAGUUCAGCAUGCCUGGCUUCAAAGGAGAGGGCCCAGAAGUGGAUGUGAAUCUGCCCAAGGCUGACAUUAAUGUUUCUGGCCCCAAAGUGGACAUUGAUGCUCCUGAUUUGGAUAUUGAGGGACCAGAAGGAAAAUUAAAAGGUUCUAAAUUUAAGAUGCCUAAAUUGAAUAUCAAAACUUCCAAGAUAUCCGUGCCAGAUGUGGACUUGAAUUUGAAAGGACCCAAACUGAAAGGAGAGAUAGAUGCUACUAUGCCAGAACUAGAAGGUGAUAUCAGAGGUCCACAAGUUGAUAUCAAAGGCCCCAGCAUGGACGUGGAGGUGCCUGAUGUUAAUCUGGAAUGUCCUGAUGCAAAGUUGAAAGGCCCUAAGUUUAAGAUGCCUGAGAUGCACUUCAAGACCCCCAAGAUCUCCAUGCCUGAUGUAGACUUACACUUAAAAGGCCCCAAAGUCAAAGGGGAUGUGGAUAUGUCUGUGCCAAAGUUGGAGGGAGAUUUGAAAGGCCCCAGCGUGGACAUGGAGGUACCUGACAUUGAUCUGGAAUGUCCUGAUGCAAAAUUGAAAGGUCCCAAGUUUAAGAUGCCUGAGAUGCACUUUAAGACUCCCAAGAUCUCCAUGCCUGAUGUACACUUGAAAGGCCCCAAAGUCAAAGGGGAUGUGGAUGUGUCAGUGCCCAAGAUAGAAGGUGAAAUGAAAGUGCCAGAUGUGGACAUCAAAGGACCCAAAGUGGAUGUUGAUGUCCCAGAUGUGGAUGUUCACGGCCCCGACUGGCACCUGAAGAUGCCCAAGAUGAAAAUGCCCAAGUUCAGCAUGCCUGGCUUCAAAGGAGAGGGCCCAGAAGUGGAUGUGAACCUGCCCAAGGCCAACGUUGACAUCUCUGGACCCAAGGUUGACAUCGAAGCUCCAGAUGUGAGCCUUGAGGGACCAGAAGGGAAAUUGAAGGGCCCAAAGUUUAAGAUGCCUGAGAUGCACUUCAAGACCCCCAAGAUCUCCAUGCCUGAUGUAGACUUACACUUGAAAGGCCCCAAAGUCAAAGGGGAUGUGGAUGUGUCUGUGCCAAAGUUGGAGGGAGAUUUGAAAGGCCCCAGCGUGGACAUGGAGGUACCUGACGUUGAUCUGGAAUGUCCUGAUGCAAAAUUGAAAGGUCCCAAGUUUAAGAUGCCUGAGAUGCACUUCAAGACUCCCAAGAUCUCCAUGCCUGAUGUAGACUUAAACUUGAAAGGCCCCAAAGUCAAAGGGGAUGUGGAUGUGUCAGUGCCCAAGAUAGAAGGUGAAAUGAAAGUGCCAGAUGUGGACAUCAAAGGACCCAAGGUUGACAUUGAUGCUCCAGAUGUGAAUGUUCACGGCCCAGACUGGCACCUGAAGAUGCCCAAGAUGAAAAUGCCCAAGUUCAGCAUGCCUGGCUUCAAAGGAGAGGGCCCAGAAGUGGAUGUGAACCUGCCCAAGGCAGACGUUGACAUCUCCGUACCCAAGGUUGACAUUGAAGCCCCAGAUGUGAACAUUGAAGGUCCAGAAGGAAAACUGAAAGGCCCCAAGUUCAAGAUGCCAGAAAUGCACUUUCAUGCUCCCAAGAUUUCCAUGCCUGAUGUUGACUUCAACUUGAAGGGGCCUAAAAUUAAAGGAGAUUUUGAUGCUUCUGCUCCAAAGAUGGAAGGAGAUUUAAAGGGUCCAGAAUUGGAUGUCAAGGGCCCCAAGUUGGAUGUUGACAUGCCAGAUGUAGCUGUGGAAGGCCCAGAUGGCAAAUGGAAAAGUCCUAAAUUUAAGAUGCCAGACAUGCAUUUUAAAGCUCCCAAAAUCUCCAUGCCAGACAUUAAUCUACACUUGAAAAGCCCCAAGAUCAAGGGCGAGGUGGAUGUAGAUGUUCCCAAAUUGGAAGGUGACCUCAAAGGUGACAUGAGUAGGCCAGAUAUUGACAUUGAAGGACCAGAGGGCAAAUUGAAAGGCCCCAAGUUCAAGAUGCCUGAUAUGCAUUUCAAAGCCCCAAAUAUUUCUAUGCCUGAUGUGGACUUAAAUCUGAAAGGACCUAAAAUCAAGGGGGAUGUUGAUGUGUCUGUACCUGAGGUGGAAGGUAAAGUACCAGAUGUUAACAUCAAGGGCCCCAAAGUAGACAUAAGUGCUCCUGAAGUUCAUGGACCAGACUGGCACCUGAAGAUGCCCAAGAUGAAAAUGCCCAAAUUCAGCAUGCCUGGCUUCAAAGCAGAGGGCCCGGAAGUGGAUGUGAACCUCCCCAAGGCUGACAUCGAUAUCUCAGCACCCAAAGUGGACAUUGAAGGUCCUGAUGUUAACAUUGAAGGACCAGAAGGAAAGUUGAAAGGUCCUAAGUUCAAGAUGCCUGAGAUGAACAUCAAAGCCCCCAAGAUCUCCAUGCCUGACUUUGAUUUGCACCUGAAAGGUCCGAAAGUGAAGGGUGAUGUGGAUGUUUCCCUGCCCAAAGUUGAAGGCCCUGAAGUUGACAUCAAGGGCCCCAAAGUGGACAUUGAUGCGCCAGAUGUGGACGUUCAUGGCCCCGACUGGCACCUGAAGAUGCCCAAGAUGAAAAUGCCCAAGAUCAGCAUGCCUGGCUUCAAAGGAGAGGGCCCAGAAGUGGAUGUGAACCUGCCCAAGGCUGAUAUCGAUGUCUCAGGACCCAAAGUGGAUCUUGAAUGUCCUGAUGUGAAUAUUGAAGGACCUGAAGGAAAGUGGAAAAGUCCAAAGUUUAAGAUGCCUGAAAUGCACUUUAAAACUCCAAAGAUAUCCAUGCCAGAUAUUGAUCUUAAUUUAACAGGUCCAAAAGUAAAAGGCAUGGAAGUCACAGGUCCCAAGGUAGAGGGAGAUCUGAAAGGCCCUGAAAUUGACAUCAAGGGCCCCAAAGUGGACAUUGAUGCACCAGAUGUGGAUGUUCAUGGUCCAGACUGGCACUUGAAGAUGCCUAAGAUGAAAAUGCCAAAGUUCAGCAUGCCUGGCUUCAAAGCAGAGGGCCCGGAAGUGGAUGUGAACCUUCCCAAGGCUGACAUCGAUGUCUCAGCACCCAAAGUGGACAUUGAAGGUCCUGAUGUUAACAUUGAAGGACCAGAAGGAAAGUUGAAAGGUCCUAAGUUCAAGAUGCCUGAGAUGAACAUCAAAGCCCCCAAGAUCUCCAUGCCUGACUUUGAUUUGCACCUGAAAGGUCCGAAAGUGAAGGGUGAUGUGGAUGUUUCUCUGCCUAAGGUGGAAGGUGACAUCAGCGGUCCUGAAGUUGACAUCAAAGGCCCCAAAGUGGGCAUCGAUGCCCCUGAUGUGGACGUUCAUGGCCCAGACUGGCACCUGAAGAUGCCCAAGGUGAAAAUGCCCAAGUUCAGCAUGCCAGGCUUCAAAGGAGAAGGCCCUGAGGUGGAUGUGAACCUCCCCAAGGCUGACAUCGAUGUCUCAGGACCCAAAGUGGACAUUGAAGGUCCUGAUGUUAACAUUGAAGGACCAGAAGGAAAGUUGAAAGGUCCUAAGUUUAAGAUGCCAGAGAUGAACAUCAAAGCCCCCAAGAUCUCCAUGCCUGACAUUGAUCUUAACCUGAAAGGCCCCAAAGUGAAAGGUGAUGUGGAUGUGUCUUUACCAAAAGUGGAAGGUGAGAUUAAAGUUCCUGAAGUGGAUAUUAAGGGCCCUAAAAUGGACAUUGAUGUCCCAGAUGUGGAUGUUCAUGGCCCGGACUGGCACCUGAAGAUGCCCAAGGUGAAAAUGCCCAAGUUCAGCAUGCCUGGCUUCAAAGGAGAAGGGCCUGAAGUGGAUGUGAACCUCCCCAAGGCUGACAUCGAUGUCUCAGCACCCAAAGUGGACAUUGAAGGUCCUGAUGUUAACAUUGAAGGACCAGAAGGAAAGUUGAAAGGUCCUAAGUUCAAGAUGCCUGAGAUGAACAUCAAAGCUCCUAAGAUUUCAAUGCCAGAUUUGGAUCUCAAUCUUAAAGGCCCCAAAAUGAAAGGAGAGGUCGAUGUUUCACUUCCAACUGUUGAAGGUGAUUUGAAAGGGCCUUCUCUUGACAUAAAGGGCCCAAAGAUAGAUUUAGAUGCUCCAGAUGUUGACAUUCAUGGCCCAGAAGGCAAAUUAAAAGGCCCCAAACUGAAGAUGCCUGACAUGCAUGUAAAUAUGCCCAAGAUCUCCAUGCCAGAAAUUGACUUGAAUUUGAAAGGCUCAAAGCUUAAGGGAGAUGUUGAUGUUUCUGGGCCUAAAUUGGAAGGUGACAUUAAAGCUCCCAAGCUGGACGUAAAGGGCCCAGAAGUGGACAUUUCUGGUCCUAAGCUCAAUGUUGAAGGCAAGUCAAAGAAAUCUCGUUUUAAACUUCCCAAAUUUAAUUUUUCGGGCUCCAAAGUUCAGACACCUGAGGUGGAUGUCAAAGUUAAAAAGCCAGAUAUUGAUGUAACAGCCCCAAAAGUUGACAUCAAUGCUCCUGAUGUUGAGGUCCAAGGAAAAGUAAAAGGAUCCAAGUUCAAAAUGCCUUUUCUUAGUAUUUCAUCUCCUAAAGUUUCUAUGCCUGAUGUGGAGUUAAAUCUGAAAGGUCCUAAAGUCAAAGGAGACUUAGAUGUUACAGGUCCUAACUUAGAAGGUGACUUUAAAGGACCCCAGGUAGACCUUAAGGCACCAGAAGUUCAUCUUGAUGCACCUGAUGUGGAUGUACAUGGUCCAGACUGGAAUUUAAAAAUGCCGAAGAUGAAAAUGCCCAAGUUUGGUGUGCCUGGCUUAAAAGCAGAAGGGCCAGAUGUGGCUGUGGAUCUACCAAAAGGAGAUAUCCACAUAGAGGCUCCCAGAAUGGACAUUGAGGGUCCAGAAGUCAAUGUGGAAGGCCUAGAAGGAGGCUUAAAAGGUCCCAAAAUCAAGAUGCCUGAUGUGAAUAUCAAAGCUCCCAAGAUCUCCAUGCCUGACAUUGAUUUAAACCUGAAGGGCCCCAAGGUAAAAGGUGAUGUGGAUGUUUCUCUUCCCAAAGUUGAAGGAGACCUGAAAGCACCAGGGGUUGAUAUCAAAGGGCCCAAAGUGGACAUUGAUGUCCCUGAUGUGGAUGUUCAUGGCCCAGACUGGCACCUAAAGAUGCCCAAAAUGAAAAUGCCCAAGUUCAGCAUGCCUGGCUUCAAGGGAGAGGGCCCAGAAGUGGAUGUAAACCUGCCCAAGGCCGAUAUUGAUGUUCCAGAUGUGAAUAUUGAAGGUCCAGAUGCGAAACUGAAGGGUCCCAAAUUCAGGAUGCCUGAGAUGAACAUCAAAGCUCCCAAAAUCUCCAUGCCUGAUUUUGACCUGAACCUGAAGGGUCCCAAAAUGAAGGGUGAUGUGGAUGUGUCUUUGCCAAAAGUGGAAGGUGAGCUAAAAACCCCUGAUGUGGACAUCAAGGGCCCCAAAGUGGACAUUGACACUCCUGAUAUUAAUAUCGAAGGCCCAGAGGGAAAAUUGAAGGGGCCCAAGUUCAAGAUGCCAGAGAUGCACAUAAAGGCUCCCAAGAUCUCCAUGCCUGACAUUGAUUUAAACCUGAAAGGUCCCAAGGUGAAAGGUGAUAUGGACAUUUCCCUGCCUAAGGUUGAAGGUGACCUGAAAGGCCCUGAAGUUGACAUCAAGGGCCCCAAAGUAGACAUCGAUGCCCCUGAUGUGGACGUUCAUGGCCCAGACUGGCACCUGAAGAUGCCCAAGGUGAAAAUGCCCAAGUUCAGCAUGCCUGGCUUCAAAGGAGAAGGGCCAGAAGUGGAUGUGAACCUCCCCAAGGCUGACAUCGAUGUCUCAGCACCCAAAGUGGACAUUGAAGGUCCUGAUGUUAACAUUGAAGGACCAGAAGGAAAGUUGAAAGGUCCUAAGUUCAAGAUGCCUGAGAUGAACAUCAAAGCCCCCAAGAUCUCCAUGCCUGACUUUGAUUUGCACCUGAAAGGUCCGAAAGUGAAGGGUGAUGUGGAUGUUUCCCUGCCCAAAGUUGAAGGCCCUGAAGUUGACAUCAAGGGCCCCAAAGUGGACAUUGAUGCGCCAGAUGUGGACGUUCAAGGCCCAGACUGGCACCUGAAGAUGCCCAAGAUAAAAAUGCCCAAGAUCAGCAUGCCUGGCUUCAAAGGAGAGGGCCCAGAAGUGGAUGUGAACCUGCCCAAGGCUGAUAUCGAUGUCUCGGGACCCAAAGUAGACAUUGAAAGUCCUGAUGUCAACAUUGAAGGUCCAGAUGCAAAACUUAAGGGCCCCAAGUUUAAGAUGCCAGAGAUGAACAUCAAAGCUCCCAAGAUCUCCAUGCCAGACUUUGAUUUGCAUCUGAAAGGACCUAAGGUCAAAGGAGAUGUGGAUGUUUCUCUGCCGAAGGUGGAAGGUGACCUGAAAGGCCCUGAAGUUGACAUCAAGGGCCCCAAAGUGGACAUUGAUGCACCAGAUGUGGAUGUCCAAGGCCCAGACUGGCACCUGAAGAUGCCCAAGAUAAAAAUGCCCAAGAUCAGCAUGCCUGGCUUCAAAGGAGAGGGCCCAGAAGUGGAUGUGAACCUGCCCAAGGCCAACAUUGAUGUGUCAGGGCCCAAGGUGGACAUAGACACUCCAGACAUUGACAUUCAUGGCCCAGAAGGGAAACUGAAGGGCCCCAAGUUUAAAAUGCCUGACCUGCAUCUCAAGGCACCCAAGAUCUCCAUGCCUGAAGUCGACCUGAAUCUGAAGGGUCCUAAAGUAAAGGGAGAUGUGGAUGUUUCUCUGCCCAAAGUGGAAGGUGACCUCAAGGGCCCUGAAGUUGACAUCAAAGGCCCCAAAGUGGACAUCGAUGUCCCAGAUGUGGAUGUUCAUGGCCCAGACUGGCACCUGAAGAUGCCCAAGGUGAAAAUGCCCAAGUUCAGCAUGCCUGGCUUCAAAGGAGAGGGCCCUGAGGUAGAUGUGAACCUGCCCAAGGCUGACAUUGAUGUCUCAGGACCUAAGGUGGACAUUGAUGUUCCAGACGUCACUCUCGAAGGCCCAGAUGCGAAACUGAAGGGUCCCAAAUUCAAGAUGCCCGAGAUGAACAUCAAAGCUCCUAAGAUCUCCAUGCCUGACAUUGACUUAAACUUGAAAGGUCCCAAAGUAAAAGGUGAUGUUGAUGUUUCCCUGCCUAAGGUGGAAGGUGACCUCAAGGGCCCCGGAAUUGACAUCAAGGGGCCCAAAGUGGACAUCGAUGCCCCUGAUGUGGACGUUCAUGGCCCAGACUGGCACCUGAAGAUGCCCAAGGUGAAAAUGCCCAAGUUCAGCAUGCCUGGCUUCAAAGGAGAGGGCCCAGAAGUGGAUGUGAAUCUCCCAAAAGCUGACAUUGAUAUUUCUGGCCCCAAAGUGGACAUUGAUGUGCCAGAUGUGAAUAUCGAAGGUCCUGAUGCGAAACUGAAGGGUCCCAAAUUCAAGAUGCCGGAGAUGAACAUCAAAGCCCCCAAAAUCUCCAUGCCUGACCUUGACUUAAACUUGAAGGGCCCCAAAAUGAAGGGUAAUGUGGAUGUCUCUCUGCCUAAAGUGGAAGGCCCUCAAAUUGACAUGAAGGCACCCAAAUUGGACAUUGAUACUCCUGAUAUCAAUAUUGAAGGUCCAGAAGGAAAAUUGAAGGGGCCCAAAUUUAAAAUGCCGGAGAUGCACAUUAAAGCCCCCAAGAUCUCCAUGCCUGACUUCGACUUAAACCUGAAAGGGCCAAAAGCAAAGGGUGAUGUGGACCUUUCACUGCCUAAGGUGGAAGGUGGUCUGAAAGGGCCAGAGAUGGACAUUGAGGGUCCUGAAGGGAAACUCAAAGGCCCCAAAUUUAAGAUGCCUGAUGUGCAUUUCAAAACCCCACAAAUCUCCAUGAGUGACAUUGAUUUGAACUUGAAAGGACCAAAGGUAAAAGGAGAUUUGGACAUUUCUGUUCCUAAACUGGAAGGGGAUCUGAAAGGCCCCAAAGUUGAUGUUAAAGGCCCUAAGCUGGACAUAGACACUCCAGACAUUGACAUUCAUGGCCCAGAAGGGAAACUGAAGGGCCCCAAGUUUAAAAUGCCUGACCUGCAUCUCAAGGCACCCAAGAUCUCCAUGCCUGAAGUCGACCUGAAUCUGAAGGGUCCUAAAGUAAAGGGAGAUGUGGAUGUUUCUCUGCCCAAAGUGGAAGGUGACCUCAAGGGCCCUGAAGUUGACAUCAAAGGCCCCAAAGUGGACAUCGAUGUCCCAGAUGUGGAUGUUCAUGGCCCAGACUGGCACCUGAAGAUGCCCAAGGUGAAAAUGCCCAAGUUCAGCAUGCCUGGCUUCAAAGGAGAGGGCCCUGAGGUAGAUGUGAACCUGCCCAAGGCUGACAUUGAUGUCUCAGGACCUAAGGUGGACAUUGAUGUUCCAGACGUCACUCUCGAAGGCCCAGAUGCGAAACUGAAGGGUCCCAAAUUCAAGAUGCCCGAGAUGAACAUCAAAGCUCCUAAGAUCUCCAUGCCUGACAUUGACUUAAACUUGAAAGGUCCCAAAGUAAAAGGUGAUGUUGAUGUUUCCCUGCCUAAGGUGGAAGGUGACCUCAAGGGCCCCGGAAUUGACAUCAAGGGGCCCAAAGUGGACAUCGAUGCCCCUGAUGUGGACGUUCAUGGCCCAGACUGGCACCUGAAGAUGCCCAAGGUGAAAAUGCCCAAGUUCAGCAUGCCUGGCUUCAAAGGAGAGGGCCCAGAAGUGGAUGUGAAUCUCCCAAAAGCUGACAUUGAUAUUUCUGGCCCCAAAGUGGACAUUGAUGUGCCAGAUGUGAAUAUCGAGGGGCCAGAUGCGAAACUGAAGGGUUCCAAAUUCAAGAUGCCUGAGAUUAAUAUCAAAGCUCCCAAAAUCUCCAUGCCUGAUAUUGAUCUAGAUUUGAAAGGACCCAAAGUCAAAGGAGAUUUUGAUGUGUCUGUCCCUAAAAUUGAAGGUACUUUCCAAGGCCCAGAAGUAGACCUUAAAGGUCCAGGUUUGGAUUUUGAAGGCCCUGGUGCCAAACUUAGUGGCCCACAUUUGAAGAUGCCAUCACUGGAUAUAUCUGCUCCUAAAGUAACUGUUCCUGAUGUGGAUUUGCAUCUCAAGCCACCCAAAAUUGGAAUUUCUGGUCCCAAAAUAGAAGGCGGAGAAUUGGACCUGAAGGGGCCUAACGUUGAUUUAGAAGCUCCAAACUUAGAUGUGCACAUGGAGAGCCCAGAUGUUAACAUUGAGGGACCAGAUGUUAAAGUUCCGAAAUUUAAGAAACCCAAGUUUGGAUUUGGGGCAAAAGGCCCCAGAGCUGACCUGAAGUCACCUUCGGUCGAUGUGACUGUUCCUGAGGCAGAGCUGAACGUUGAGACUCCUGACAUCAGUGUCGGUGGCAAGGGCAAGAAAAGUAAGUUUAAAAUGCCUAAAAUUCACAUGAGUGGUCCUAAAAUUAAAACCAAGAAACAAGGCUUUGAUCUGAAUGUUCCUGGGGGUGAAAUUGAUGCCAAUGUCAAGGCUCCUGACAUAGACCUCAGUGUUGCAGGGCCAGAUGCUGCACUUAAAGUCGAUGCAAAGUCUCCGAAAACCAAGAAAACUAUGUUUGGAAAAAUGUACUUCCCAGAUGUGGAAUUUGACAUCAAAUCACCCAAAUUUAAAGCGGAGGCCCCCAAAAUGGAGGGUGAAAUGCAGGUCCGUGACCUUGAUGUUUCUUCAUCAGGGAUGAAUGUGGAAGGUCCUGACAUCAAGCUGAAGGUGCCAGGUGUCGAUGUCUCAGGGCCCAAAAUGGAGGGCAACUUGAAAGGCCCCAGGGUGCAGGCAAACUUGGAUGCACCUGAUAUCAACAUUGAAGGCCCAGAUGCUAAAGUCAAAGCACCAUCUUUCAACAUUUCUGCCCCUCAAGUUUCCAUCCCUGAUGUGAACAUUAACUUGAAAGGACCAAAGAUAAAGGGUGAUGUCCCCAGUGUGGGACUGGAAGGACCAGACAUAGAUCUGCAAGGUCCAGAAUCGAAAAUCAAGUUCCCCAAGUUUUCGAUGCCCAAGAUUGGCGUUCCUGGUGUGAAAGUGGAGGGCGGGGGAGCAGAAGCCCAUGCCCCACUGCCCUCACUUGAAGGAGGCAUGAGCUUACCAGAUGUGAAGCUUGAAGGGCCUGAUGUGUCUCUGAAGGGGCCAAAAGUAGACUUGCCUUCAGUGAACCUCUCUAUGCCCAAAGUCUCUGGACCUGACUUUGACCUGAACUUGAAAGGACCAAGUUUGAAGGGAGACCUGGCUGUCUCUGGUGACAUGAAGUGCCCUAAAGUAUCAGUGGGUGCCCCUGAUCUAAGCUUGGAGACACCUGAAGGUGGUUUUAAACUUCCUCAAAUGAAGCUGCCCCAGUUUGGUAUCUGUACCCCAGGGUCUGACCUGGACAUUAACGUCAAGGGUCCACAGGUUACUGGAGAACUAAAGGGGCCAGGCAUGGAUGUGAACCUUGGAGGACUCAACUUGAAAGGGCCUCAGAUUUCAACACCAGAUCUGGACUUGAACUUGGAAGGACCAAAAGUAAAAGGGAGCCUUGGGGGCAUUGGUGAGAUGAAAGGUCCCUCUGUUGGAGGAGGUCUUCCAGGCAUCAGUGUGCAAGGCCUAGAAGGGAACCUCCAAAUGCCUGGGAUUAAGGCCUCUGGAUGUGACAUGGAGCUGCCAGGUGUGAAUGUGAAACUCCCCACUGGGCAAGUUUCUGGCCCUGAAAUCAAAGGCAACCUGCCAGGAAUAGGUCUCCACGGGGCCGCUCCCGACAUUAGCGUGAAAGGGCCUUCAUUUAAUAUGGCAUCUCCUGAGUCUGAUUUUGGUAUCAGCUUGAAGGGUCCGAAAAUCAAAGGAGGUGUUGAUGUUUCAGGGGGUGUCAGUACCCCAGAUGUCAGCCUGGGGGAAGGGCAUAUGAAUGUCAAAGGCUCUGGGGUUGAGUGGAAAGGACCCCAGGUCUCCUCUGCUCUCAACUUGGAUGCUGGGGGACUUCAUUUCUCAGGACCAAAAGCAGGAGGAGGUGUGAAAGGCCAGUUUGGACUCCAGGGUCCUGGACUGAGUGUAUCUGGGCCUCAAGGUCACCUGGAAAGCAGAUCUGGAAAAGUAACAUUCCCUAAGAUGAAGAUCCCCAAAUUCACCUUCUCUGGCCGUGAGCUGGUUGGCAGAGAAGUGGGGGUGGAUAUCAAUUUCCCCAAAGCAGAGUCCAGUGUUCAGCCUGGCGUCGGAGAGGGCGAGUGGGAAGAGUCCGACGGAAAACUUAAAAAGUCCAAAAUCAAGAUGCCCAAGUUCAAUUUUUCCAAACCUAAAGGGAAAGGUGGUGUCACUGGCUCACCAGAAGCAUCCAUCUCGGGGUCCAAAGGUGACCUGAAGAGUUCAAAGGCCAGCCUAGGCUCUUUGGAGGGAGAAGCAGAGGCUGAAACAUCUUCACCCAAAGCCAAAUUCUCCCUGUUUAAAAGUAAGAAGCCACGGCACCGCUCCAAUUCCUUCAGCGAUGAAAGGGAGCUCUCUGCUUCUUCCACCCCGACCGGGACUUUGGAGUUUGAAGGUGGGGAAGUGUCGCUGGAAGGUGAGAAAGUCAAAGGGAAACAAGGGAAGCUGAAAUUUGGUACCUUUGGUGGAUUAGGGUCAAAGAGCAAAGGUCAUUAUGAGGUGACUGGAAGUGACGAGGAGGCAGGCAAGUUACAGGAGAGUGGAGUGUCCCUGGCCUCUAAGAAGUCCCGACUGUCCUCUUCUUCUAGCAAUGACAGUGGGACUAAGGUUGGCAUCCAGCUUCCCGAGGUAGAGGUGGUGGUUUCCACAAAGAAAGAGUAGCAGGCCUUUGUGUACAUAUAUGUAUAAAAAUACAUCAGCCUCGGGUGUGUUUGUAUAUAACCUCCAAAGAGGAACACGCCGACAGCCUCAGCAGUAAUGCAAAGACCUGGCCUCUGCCAGCGGCAGGUGCUGACAGGCUAACUGCCUUUUAGCUCCUGGAGCUCUACGGAUAGCUAAAGAGUUCCAAGUUCGACCAGCCCACAUGCAGAGUCAGCAGUAUUUGCCUGAAGAUUUCAGUUUUUUUUUGUUGUUGCAUUGUAUGCUGAGAGCUCCUGUUUACUAUGCAAGCUUUUGUGUUUAUUACCUUCAUUUUUACUGAACAUUGUUAGUGUUGGGGUAAUGGAAACCCACUUUUUCAUUGUAAUGAUGACUUUGGGGGCUUUUGUUAGUAAGGGGGGUGGGGUAGAGGGCAGUAGAGGGGGCCAGACCUCCAUUUUCUCCUAAAAUUGGAUCUACUCAAACAGCAAACACCCAAAGAUGGCCAAGAGAAGUCGGCAGGCUGGGUGUGCGGGUGUUUUUUUUAGAAUUAUCUUUAGCAUUGCUUUUUUCCCCAGGGGUGGUGGUCCCAGCCAGUGUGGUGCUUACAGUGAGAGGGAAUUAGAAACUGUUUGCAAAUUGGCCAACCCUCUAGCUCAACAUGCGGGGGCUUCCAUUCUGUGUGUUGUAAGAGAAACGUUUUCCUCGUGGCCACCAUUUUCCUGAUUAGUUUUGAUUUCUUGUAACAAAUGUUAUCAUGAUUAAGAAAUUUUCCCGCACUUUAAUGGCAACUUAAUUAAGAAUGUAAGAAAACUGAUGCUGUCAAAGGCAAAUAAAGCUGUUUAUUAACCCUGA